AAAGAGAGAAAAAACACACAAAGGCAUUGUUAUUGCUUAGCUGUCACCAGCCCAUUUCCCUCCCAUUCAUCCUAUAUUCUCAUCUCUCACUCCCUCACUGACCUUUUAUAAAAUCUUUCCUCUUUCCCUUCUUCUUCACUGCUUCACAAACCCUAACAAUGGCGUUUCUUUCCUCCUCCUUCUUCCUCCUUCUCCUCUCCAUCUCUGCAGCUUCUUUUUCUUCUUCCAUGGCCGCCGCCGCCGCCUCUCCUUCCUUCCAAACCCUCGACACCAACACCCAUUUCUUCAACCCUAAACUUCCCCCCAAUUCUCUCUCCUCUUCCAAGAAAUUUGAGGGCUCCUCCGAUUUCGUCAAUCUCCGCUACCAUAUGGGCCCUGUUCUUUCUUCGUCUCCCAUCAACAUUUACUUAAUUUGGUACGGAAAAUGGUCCGUUUCCCAGAAAUUGCUAGUCAAGGAUUUUCUCCUCUCCAUUUCGCCCACCGAUCCCCGCCGCGCCGCUCCUUCCCCUUCUGUCUCUCAGUGGUGGCAGACCGUCUCGCUUUACACAGAUCAAACCGGCGCCAAUGUCUCCCGCUCCGUCGUCAUCGCCGGCGAACACUCUGACCUCCACCACUCCCACGGCACCGACCUCACUCGCCUCUCCAUCCAGAAGGUUAUUGCCACCGCCGUCCGAUCCGCGCCGUUUCCAGUCGACCACCGGAACGGGAUGUUUCUGGUGCUUACUUCUCAAGAUGUUACCAUGCAGGACUUUUGUCGAGCAGUUUGUGGGUUCCAUUACUUCACCUUCCCUUCAAUGGUCGGCUACACGCUUCCCUACGCUUGGGUCGGCCAUUCCGGCAAGCAAUGCCCCGAGCAAUGCGCCUAUCCCUUCGCGGUCCCGGCGUACAUGGCCGGCGGUGGGCCCAGCGCUCUCUCUCCGCCGAAUAGAGACAUCGCGUUGGAUGGAAUGAUCAGUGUAAUCGGCCAUGAAUUGGCUGAAGUUGCUUCAAAUCCGUUGGUGAAUGCUUGGUACGCUGGCGAGGAUCCGACGGCGCCGACGGAGAUCGGUGACCUCUGUGAGGGGCUGUAUGGCACUGGGGGCGGCGGCGGGUAUAUAGGGCAGGUAAUGAGGGAUGGAGAAGGAAGGACGUUUAAUGUGAAUGGGAGAAAUGGAAGGAAGUUCUUGUUGCAGUGGCUAUGGAGUCCGGUUCUGAAAGCCUGUGCCGGUCCAAAUGCUUUGGAUUGAAUGGUGAAAGUUUAAAUUUCUGAUCAAUUUCGUUGUUAUUGUACUGUAAUUUGAAGAACGCUGGCGGCGUCGAUGAGCUCAGCUCAGUAACCGCCGUGGAUAUUGGUGGCUCCGCCGUGCCGCGGAGGAGGGACUUGCAGGGACAAGGAGGUGGGGUGUGGGGGUGCCUAUGAAUUUACGGUUUCUAUGGUAUAUAUAAAUUUUGAAAUUUGCAUAAAUUUAUUUAAUUAAUAAUAUAAUAGGAAUUUUUGGGAUUUAUAUUUGUUUCAGUUGCUGUCCCAGCUCUAUAUCUUUAGUUUGAAUUUGAAAAAUUAAUUUUUUUUCUUUUCUUUUAUAAAAGUCAAGUUGUAGUCUA